AUGGAAGACAUCAUGCUGGCAGAAAAUCAUUCGAAAACAAAUAAUAUUUCCUCAUUUCCAUUUACAUCUUACUCAUCGACAUUAAUUGCCCAAUGUGAACAACUUGUAUCAAUUGUUUUCAAUCGAACAGCUUUUUCCAAUAAGGAACAAUUAACACCACCAUAUAUACGACAAUUAUUAGCACAACAAAAUUUAACAUUACGUGUACCAAAGACUAUACCGGAAUGUGUUCUUGAAUUAAGUCGUCUUAUCAAUAGUACAAAUGAAUUUGAUGUGUCUAAUAAAAAAACUCAACAAAAUUAUGGUAUACGAGAACGUUCACGUUCAUUACUUGUAUUCGUUUUCUUCAUUGCAUUUGUUUCUUUUGUCUCUAUUAUUGGAAAUUUAUGUUUGGCGACAGUCAUUUUUUCAAAGCGUUUACGUUUAUCAAGAACAGAUCGAAUUGUUCUAUGUCUUGCACUAAGUGAACUUUGUCUUGUUUUAAUCGAUUCACCAAUAGAAAUCUAUCGAUUUCUUUCAUACUCGUUUUCGCAUACAUGGCUUUGUCGAUUUCAUACAUUUUUUGAAUCAUUAUUUUCAUCAUGCAUCAUCUUCUAUCAUUUAUUAGGAGCAUUUGAUCGUUUCGUUUACAUUCACGGAAAUGCCUUAUCCAAUGAAUCGUCACAGUCCAAAUGGUGUCGUCGGAUAUCAACGAAAACAGGCUCAAUUAUAUUAUUAAUUUUACCUAUACUAUGCAGUUUACCCAUAGCUAUUUGUAAUCUACUACAUGCACAUGUUUUUAGAACGUCACUCAAAAUGAAAAUCUGUAUUGUACAAUAUACACAUGAAAUAUUAAUCAGUUUUUUAAUAUUUUUUUAUAUCUUACCAUUAUUAUUUUCAUUCUUUCUUCAUGCCAAUUUAAUCUAUUUUAUAAGUUCAAAACACAAUCAAUAUUAUUUAACAACAGCAAAGACAUCAUUUCAGUCGACUAUGAAACGUAAUAAUACAUUGUCGACGCAACUGGCAGUACAAAAAAAACGGCAUGGACAAAAUGAACAAAUUUUACAAAGAAAAGUAGAAAAUACAACGGCAAGAAAUAGACAUAUGCUUAUGUCUAAUGUUGCUAGAGUAGCUAAUCCAAUGGGCACACUGACAUCAUCAAACACGACUGAUCAACAUGCUGGAUUGAAUGCUACUGCGAAUCUUGGAACAUUACAUCGUUCAUCUACGCCUCGAACUAGUUUUGCACCAACAUCAUCACCAAUUAUACUUUACGCGAACAAUACACGCGCAAAUGCUAAUGUCAAACGUACAGUAUUUUUACUUGUAUCAUUAUUUACAUUUUAUGUUCUCUGUUGGGCUCCAUAUAAUAUUUAUACGUGGCGUCAUGCAUAUCAACUGACUACAAAACCUCGACAUCAAAUGUUAUCAAAUCGUACGUUAUCAUCUGAUUUCAAUCAAACAACCGUACCAUUAACAUACAAUCUACAUGCCGAUUUACGUCGAUUUAUAUUUAUUAAUUAUUCAUUAUAUCUUUUAUCCAUGAUAUCCAUGUGCUUUAGUUUUAUAUUUUAUUUUUCACUGAAUAAACAAGCCCGUCAUGAACUAUUGCAAAUUAUCGAUUGUUUACGUCCACGAAUUGUUGUUAGACGAAAUGAAAAAAAACAACAACAAUACAGAGUGACAAGAUGUUUAUCAAAUAAUGUAAAAUAUGGCAAAAAGCAGCAGCAAAAUAAUCAAAUAUUAUCACUUCCACGAAAUAAUAAGCAACAAGGGAAACCAACAAACUUCAAUGUUUAUCCGAUGACUUUACGAACGACACCAAUGCUUAAACAAAAUCAUGUAAAACAUAAAUAUUUUUCAACUGUACUUUAG